UCGAAUUUACAUCGUUAAUAAUUAUGGGCUGUUAUGAAUUGGCAGUUAUUGCACCAUUCAUAUCGAUUUUAUGGCGUGUAUUUUUCGAUAAUCAAUUAUCUAUAAUAUUGUAUACGCUUGAAAAAAUUCAUAAAAAAAUGAUUCGGUUGAAUUUGGUUGGUUCGAUCAAAACAAAAAUAAAUUGGUAUUUGAUUGUUGGAAUUAUUGUAAAUAUUAUAGCAAAUAUUAUAACUCCGUUAUUAUUUCGAAUACCAGCUUCUUCUGCCAAAUCUAUAAAAAUAUUACAUAUGGUAAUUUUUAUAAAUGCUUGUGCAUUUUUUGAAUACAUACUACUAAUAUUAUACAUACUGCAGAUGCAGUACAUGAUAAAUGAUAACAUUUUGGAAAGAAAAUCAUGCUUAAGUACAUUAAAAGAUAUGUAUUUGGAAAUUAUAGAAUGCUUAAAUCAUGUCAAUAGAUCGAUUUAUGGUAUGCCGGUCAUUGUUGGAUUUAUUGCAGGAACAAUUGGUGAAAUCAUUUUAUUGUUAUACAACAGUUUAUUAUUCCCUGAAGAUUCUAAAAACGACAUUUAUCAUAUUGUACUUGCUUCUAUAGAAUUAUUAGUAAAAAUAGCCAAUCUUAUUGUAUUAUAUGGAAUCGGUCAUUUCACGGAACAAAAGAUUAAUCGAAUAAGUUUAGUCUUAUAUCAAUUGUACGUAAUCGAAAGAAACCCCAGAAUAAAACGUCAGAUCAAGUUUUUUAUUUUACGAAGAUUGCACGAACACUAUCGUUUUGAGGUGUAUGGAAUAUGUCGGAUUACUUUAAGACAACUACUUAUUUUAUCAAACAAAGUAUUAUGUGCUUACUUAUUUAUUCAAAUUCAGUUCAAAUUAAAUAAAAAUUAAACAGAUUUUUUUCAAUCGUCAUAGAAUUAAUCUAUUGACA